AUGGGUAUUGACAUCAACCAUAAGCAUGACCGCAAGGUCCGCAGGACUGCACCGAAAAGCGAGGAUCCAUAUCUCCGAAUUCUCGCUAAGUUGUACACGUUCUUGGCUAGACGUACCGGUGAGAAGUUCAACAACAUCAUGAUGAGGAGACUUUUCAUGUCGCGUCGCUUCCGAGCUCCACUUUCUAUUGCACGCAUUGCCAGAAUGCUGAAGAAGGAAGGAAACGCGAACAAGUUGGUCGUCACUUGUGGAACUGUCACAGAUGAUGCUCGCCUUUAUGACGUGCCGAAAUUCACCCUCGCUGCCCUGAAAGUUACCGAGCCUGCUCGUGCCCGCAUUCUUAAGGCUGGAGGAGAAGUCAUCACCCUCGAUCAACUCGCUCUUCGUGCUCCCAAGGGAGAGAACACUCUUCUCAUCCAAGUAAGUGAUUUCUUUGUGUUCUUGAAUAUGUAA